AUGGAAGACCAGUUUAUUAUAAGGCCGCCUGAAAGCAUACGAAGAAAAGUCAGCGAGGACGUUAAAAAAGGGCUGAUCCAUAAGCUGGUGAUAAAAAUGGUUGGUGCCAAGGAGGGAACACUAACGUACGAGAACAAGACGUACAGAGGAAUCAUAAUUGAUCUUCCAUGCAUAAUUGAGUCGCACAAGACACUGGACAAUAGGCAGUUUAUAAAAAUAGCCGACAUAUCCAAAAUGUUCAUAUUCACAGACAAGGAUAUUGAUCUAUCAGAGCUGGAGAAGGAAAGCAUAUCAGGAAUCACACCACCCAUGAAGUACGUGAAAACAAGAAGAUUCAGAAAAAGGCUGACGAAGGCACCAAUAGUUGAGGAAAUAGAGAACGAAGUGGCUGCGCUUCUGGAGAAGGACAAAGAGGCAAUUCGGGUGGAUGUCCAGAUACUUAACAAGGAUGGAAGCGAGGAGGAAGAAGAGGAUACAUCUUCACUUGCAGCAGAAAUAGAGCUGAACCUCCUGGAAAGCGAGAAGAACGUGCAGGCCACCAUAGAGGUAGAGAUAGACAGCAACACAGAGGAGAGAAGAGAGAAGGAGAGGCUUAUUCAGGAGAUUAUGGAUAAAAUCAAGGAGAAGAAGGAGCAGGUGGAAAGAAUUACAAAUCCCAUUCUUAAGAAGAGAUUCUAUGAGAGCAUACAGCAAUUAGAGAAAGAGAAAGAUGAGAUCCAGAAGGAACUAGAUAGAAUGGAUAAUAAGUAG